AAAACUGCUGACUGAAGGAGUAGCGGAAUAUCCUAAUGCUCCUUUAGGAUAAGUAAAAAUUGGAGGUAGUAGCCAAAGGAAUCAGGGACCUCCUGAGGGCUGGGAAAAUGGAGAGGAGAUUGAUCGUAACUAUGUCGACAUGAUAUCCCAUCAUUCCCAGGAGGUAAGAAGAACUUCUGAGUUGUACUUCUGCCCUCCAUUCCCCCAUAAUAGAGAAGAGACGAGAGUAGAGUAGAGGCCAUAUGCGACGGACAUAACCACCCACCAAAUUUGAAGGUAAAAGUGGCAAGUAAGAUGGGGAGCUUGAAGGUGCCCUGCAGCUUUGGCGGGAAAGCAGCUCUACUAGUCCCUUUUCCCGCUUCAAGAUUCCGUGUCCCCCAAUCCCAUUGCUAUCCUCCCUCUUCCACUGGUUGGAGGAGUUUUCCUGGCUUUGUUUUACAGUCACUGGAGCUUGUUUAUCCUAAUAGCUCCUGUUCUGUGCAUUCCAGGCGAGUACACUUAACAGCAAGAGCUUCGGUGCAACCUGCGACUAAGAAACUUGUUGGAGAUCAAGUGAAGGAUCUCCCCAAUAGUGGUGACUCCAUUCGCCAGCGAUUUCUUGAAUUUUAUGCUGCUAGAGGUCAUAAGAUUCUUCCUAGUGCUUCUCUUGUGCCAGAUGAUCCAACUGUCUUACUAACAAUUGCUGGAAUGCUUCAGUUCAAGCCCAUAUUUCUUGGAAAGGUGCCCAGAGAAGUUCCUCGAGCUACAACUUCCCAAAGAUGCAUACGUACAAAUGACAUUGAGAAUGUAGGCCAAACAUCUCGUCAUCAUACUUUUUUUGAGAUGCUUGGGAAUUUCAGUUUUGGGGAUUACUUCAAGAAGGAAGCAAUUAAAUGGGCCUGGGAGCUCUCCACAAUUGAGUUUGGAUUGCCAGCUGACAGGUUAUGGAUUAGCGUUUAUGAAGAUGAUGAUGAGGCUUUUGCAAUCUGGCAAGAUGAAGUCGGUGUUCCUGCAAAGCGUAUAAAAAGACUUGGGGAAGAUGACAAUUUUUGGAGCAGUGGAGUAACUGGUCCAUGUGGCCCGUGCUCGGAAAUUUAUUAUGAUUUUCAUCCUGAGAGGGGAGAGUCAAAUGUCGAUCUCGGGGAUGAUACCAGAUUUAUAGAGUUUUAUAAUCUUGUUUUCAUGCAAUACAACAAGAAGGAUGAUGGUUCACUUGAGUCCUUAAAGCAGAGGAAUAUAGAUACGGGGCUAGGCUUAGAGCGCGUGGCUCGAAUUCUUCAGAAGGUUCCGAACAAUUAUGAAACUGACUUAAUCUUUCCAAUUAUAGAGAAGGCGUCUGAAUUGGCAAAUGUCUCAUAUGCUGUUGCAGAUGAUUGUACCCAAAGAUAUCUCAAAACUAUUGGAGAUCAUAUGCGUGCAAUUGUUUAUCUUAUAUCAGAUGGGGUCAUCCCAUCCAAUAUUGGUAGAGGCUAUGUAGUACGGAGGCUUAUCAGAAGAGCUGUUCGAAUGGGCAGGUUACUCGGAAUUAAGGGAGAUGGUCUGGGGGACAUAGAAGGUGCAUUUUUACCAGUUCUUGCAGAAAGAGUGAUUCAAUUAAGUAUGCAUAUUGAUUCAGAUGUCAAGAAUAGAGCUGCCCGCAUUUUUGAGGAAUUGAAGAGGGAGGAGCUACGUUUUGUACAGACACUUGAGAGAGGAGAAAAGCUUCUGGAGCAAAUGUUAGCUGAGGCAUUGCUAGAUUCGGAGAAAAGUGGGACUGCUCCUUGUCUAUCUGGCAAGGAUGCAUUUUUAUUGUAUGACACAUAUGGGUUUCCUGUGGAAAUAACAAAGGAAGUCGCUGAUGGACGUGGUGUAGGUAUUGAUAUGAAUGGUUUUGAUGCUGAGAUGGAGAACCAAAAACGCCAAUCUCAGGCAGCACACAAUGUCAUCAAACUAGGGGUUGAGAAUAGUGCUGAUUUGACAGAAAAGGUUCCAGACACGGAAUUUGUUGGGUAUGACACCCUUUGCGCAAAUGCAGUGAUUGAGGGUCUAUUGGUAAAUGGCAAUCCUGUCAUUCAAGUUUCCGAAGGAAAUGAAGUAGAAGUUCUACUGAAUAGGUCCCCAUUUUAUGCUGAAUCUGGAGGUCAAAUUGGAGAUCAUGGUAUUUUAUAUGUCUCCAACGCUGGAAACCAUCAGAAAGCUGCUGUUGAGAUAAACGAUGUUCAGAAAUCUCAAGGGAACAUAUUCUUUCACAAAGGCACUGUCACACAAGGUGUUAUAGAGGUUGGCUUCGAAGUUGAAGCUGCAGUGGAUGCAAAGCUGAGGCAAAGGGCUAAGGUUCAUCAUACCGCUACUCAUUUGCUCCAAGCAGCACUAAAACAAGUACUAGGUGAGGAAACAUCACAAGCUGGUUCCCUGGUGGCUUUUGACCGCCUUAGGUUCGAUUUCAAUUUCCACCGACCUGUUAUGGAUGAUGAGCUCAUGGAAAUUGAAGGCCUUAUAAAUAGAUGGAUUUCGGAUUCAACACUUCUUGAAACAAAAGUUAUGCCUUUGACGAAUGCUAAAAGAGCAGGAGCUAUUGCCAUGUUUGGAGAAAAAUAUGCAGAUCAGGUACGCGUUGUAGAGGUCCCAGGGGUCUCUAUGGAACUCUGUGGGGGCACCCACGUCAACAACACCUCUGAGCUGCGUGGGUUUAGGAUAAUAUCUGAACAGGGGAUUGCAAGUGGAAUCAGGCGAAUAGAAGCUGUUGCUGGGGAUGCAUUUAUUGAGCAUAUCCUCGCCAGAGAUAAUUAUAUGAAGCAGCUUUGCUCGACUCUCAAAGUAAAAGCUGAAGACGUCACAACUAGAGUGGAGGCACUUUUGGAAGAAUUACGAGCCGCAAGAAAUGAAGUUUCUGCUGCAAAUGCUAAAGCAGCAAUCUUCAAAGCCUCAACAAUUACGUGCAAAGCAUUGUCUGUUGGAACUUCAAGAGAAAUCAGGGUGCUAGUUGAGUCGAUGGAUGAUGUUGAUGGGGAUGCGCUGAGGAGUGCUGCCGACUAUCUAUUGGAUGCAUUGCAGGAUCCAGCAGCCGUGUUCUUGGGGUCCCGCCCGGGCGAAGAAAAAGUGAGUCUCAUCGCUGCUUUUAGUCCAGGAGUUGUUGGACUGGGAUUGCAAGCAGGAAAAUUCAUAGGGCCUGUAGCUAAGAUGUGCGGAGGAGGAGGGGGAGGGCGGCCUAAUUUUGCUCAGGCGGGUGGAAGGAAGCCUGAGAACCUGUUAGGUGCCUUGGAAAAAGCUCGACAAGAUCUGAUAGCGAUUAUAUCCGAGAAGGCAGGUUAAGAACUUCAGAGAGAUAAAUCCGGGGAAUAAGCUAUACAGGCACUAGUUUGCGCAACGGAUUUUCUGCCUCACUCUAUGCUUCACUUUUUAUUAUAUUACUAUUUUUCUUUCAUAAAUAUUAUAUUUUUAUUUCUUUUUUGUU